AUGGCUUCGGUAAUUAGAAAGGCAAACAUCCAGGGCGACAUUUGGCCUGGAUUGCCCAAGAGAUUCCAAUCCUUUCUCUUCUUUCGCAUCAACAAGCCCGACGAAUUCAAGUCGCGGCUCCAGUCCUUUAUUCCUCAGAUUACAACUGCCCAAGCAGCUUGUGAGAUGAAGGAAACGAUUGCGAAAGAGAAGGAACUAGCUCGAAGCCAGAAGCGGCCAGCUGAACUUCAGUCCUUACCGGGUGUCAACAUAUCUUUUGCUUCGACAGGCUUAGCAGCGCUGGGGAAAUUUACUUUUGAUGAGGCGAGGAUUAAACAGGAUAAAAAGCUGUCCGCCAUCUUCAGGAAGAAUCAGCUCCGCGGUGGAUUGUUUGGGAAAGGCAUGUACGACGACUUGGUGGGCGAGGGCUGGGAUGACCCCCGAGACCUUCGCGAGGCUUACAAACCAUUUGGCGAUGACAAAGAACGUUUGAUUGACGGAGUCAUAAUGGUGACAUCCAGUCUCGAGCACAAUCUGGCUGAGAAGGUGAAAUGCGUGAAGGAACAUUUUUUGAAAGAUCCAGGCAGUGACCCUGGCAAUUACACCAUUAUUCAAGACCCCGCGAUUGACUUUUUUUUGUCCGGCAAGGCCAGACAAGACCCCUUUGGGUUUGAAGAUGGACUCAGUCAGCCCCAAAUAGAAGGCUUAGACCCGGAACCUCAAGGCAUAGAACCAAAGGCAGUCAAAUCAGGAAUGAUCUUUUGCGGUCACGAGGGAGAUGAGAUGAACCAACCGGAGUGGGCGCUGGAUGGUAGCUUCCUUGUCUUCCGCGAUCUUCAACAGCUUGUCCCAGAAUUCGACAAAUUCACGGAAGAAAAUGUCCACAAAGCUCCAUUUGCCAAAGAUUCUCCCAAUCCUAAGGAGAAACUUGCGGCUUACCUCAUGGGUAGAUGGAAAAAUGGAACGCCCGUCGAUGAGUCUCCUCAUCAUGACAGCAAUGAGGACCUUCACAAAUCAAACAACUUUGAUUACCGUCCUGUCAACAAGCACGACAAAUGUCCGUUCGCGGCUCACAUUCGCAAGAUGCGACCUCGCGGAGAUCUCGAGGAUGAUCAUGCGGUUAUUAUUCGUCGAGGAAUCUCUUACGGAGGAGAAGUUACGCCAAGUGAGAAAUCCUGCCAAAAAUCGGACCCUGCUCUCGAGCGAGGACUGCUCUUCGUUUGCUAUCAAAGUGACAUUCGCAACGGUUUCAAUUUCUUGACUACACGCUGGGCAAGUAACCACCACUUCCCUGACCGCAAGGAUAUGUUCGUGGGAGGGAAUGGGCCAGGUAUAGACGCGAUUGUUGGACAGCGACUUCCCCACCACCCGCCUCGCUCGAUUGGCCUUCCUGAUGGUAACGAGCCCACUGAGGCUCGCAUGGAGCUCGACAGCUGGGUUGUUCACAAAGGUGGCGAAUACUUCUUCACGCCCUCUAUUGAAGCGCUGAGAACUUAUCUCACGGGUCCUUCUGACUACCCUUCAACACGUGCACACAAGCUCUGA